AUGUCGAAUCUGGAGACCUCACACAAUCCAUUGCUAGAAGUCUUACUCCCCCGGGCCUUUUGCUCGUCGCUGGUUCAAGAUGCCAUUUGCACUAUGUCUGCCAGCCAUAUGGCAAAUGGAACAUCCCUCGACCAGCUCAGUCUGAGAAACGCGGAAAUCACAUACCAUGGACGAACCCUUUCCGGAGUUCGGAAUGCUUUGGCAAAACUACCGAAACAGGAUAUGUUUAGUUCGUCACAUACGACUUUGGUGGAAGAGAUAAUCCUCGCUGUUGCUUCUGUCUGCAAGUAUGAAGCCGUACGAGGAAAUAUCAAAUCAUGGAGAGGACACCUGGAAGCUUUGCAAAACCUCGUAGACUAUUGUGGAGGAUAUAAAAAUAUGGAUGUUUAUAUUGCAGAUUGGGUCUCGGGAUUGGUUAUCUACUGGCAGCAUCUUGCGAAACUUACAAACCCCAAGUUUGCUGCGGGUCUUGUUUUUUGUGACGGCCUUUAUGACGCCCCCAAGGUGGACUUGUACUUGGGAUGCAGCGAGCAAUUGGUGAAGAUUUGUGCUCGAAUAUCAGAUCUUCGUUUCUUUGCUCAUUCUACGGCCGCUCUAAUAAAAGAAGUUACCGAAACAAAUAAUAUCCUUAUAAGCUGGUCCUGUGACGAACAAGAUUUCAUCAUUCCUAAGGGGGUCAGCAAAGUCACAUUUGAACGACUUAGGGUCAUAGCGGACUAUUAUCGCUAUGGUGCUUUUAUAUUCCUCCAUUCUACUAUUGAGGGGAUAUCUCAGUCAAGUCCGUUGGAGCUUCAGGGCUCUCAGUCCACUUUUUGGGACAUGGUCCACUCGCUUGUUGCUUUUACCAAGCCAGUUGCAUUGCAACAUUUAGUAUCUUUGCUGCGUUCCUUUCCCCCCGAUAGCCAUCCUGAGUUCUCGGGCCUGGUAUUCCCUCUUUUCAUCGCCGGUUGCGAAUGCGAAGACAAUGAGCAACUGACUAUGAUAUUGAAAUCGCUGCACACCUUGGAGGUAAAUUUCGGUAUACACAACACGAAACGUGCCCAGGAGGUCUUGGUGAUCUUGACGCAAUUGCGGUGUGAGGGAAAGCCGAAACACUGGUUGGAUCUUCUGGAAGAAUUGGAAUGGGAACUCAUUCUCGUUUGA